AUACAGACAUAUUUGGAUAUUGUCCAAUGUCCACGUCUGCCCAUGUGUCCAAACUUACAAAUUGUUAUCGGACAUUAUCCAAAAUAAAUGGCGAAUACCGGACGUCCGGCGAAUAUUGUCCACCGGACAUUGUCUAA